AUGGUUGAUCAAGAAUUCAAGUGCAAGCUUCAGUUCGAGGAUCCAACUGAGGAAGAAGAACUUUACCUCGAUAGUAAAAAGAUCAUAGCUAUUUCAAACCUUACCGGUUCUCCCGGAGAUCAAAAAGAUUUCACCACUCUCAAUGAACUGAUCAACCUGAAAAUUCUUUCUUUGAAUUGUACUCACCUUCAUUCACUGGAAGGCUUUCCGACAUUCACAACUCUUUCCAUGUCUCAGCUUGUUUUGUCAGAUAAUAAAAUAUCCAGUGGGUUAGAGGCAUUAGCAACUGCCAAGCUAGAAAAUCUAAAUCACCUUGAUCUGAGUAAUAAUAAAAUAAGCGAAAUUUCAGCACUCGAACCACUGCGUAACUUGCCAAGUCUCAAGCAUUUAAGUUUAAUCGAUUGCCCGGUUACACAUAUUCAAAACUACCGAGAUGUUAUAUUUAAAAUCAUACCUCUUUUGUAUUCACUUGAUGAUCAAGAUCGCUCGGGCAAAACAGUUGAUUUCGAAGAAGAGAGUGACGCUGAGGAAGAGGACGACGAAGAAGACGAGGAUGCUGAUGUUACACAAUCAAAUGGGCAUGCAGAUCGGCACCAGUUCACCGAGACAAUGGCCCAAAUUCACGAAAUUUCUACUGACAAAGAUGAUUCGGAAGAUGAUGAAAAUCCGGAAGGGGAAAAUAGUGAAGAGGAGGUUGGGACCGGAUCCGAAUCAAAUGAUGAAGAAUCAGAAGUAGAUCCCGAAAUACAAAAUGUCGUGGAAUUAUCGGAUAGCGAAGAAGAACAAUUAGAAACGAGUGAAGUCGAUGAAGCAUCGACCACCAGAAAUAAAGUGUCUUCGCGUGAUAAGGGAAAAUCGGUUGCGGUGCCGAUAGACUUGGACGAUGAGGAUAACUCCGAUAGUCAAGAUGAUGAAUCUGAAGAAGAGUUUUCAACACAAACUUUUAUAAACAGCAGCAUUCUAGAUGAAGAUGACACCGAGGAGGAGGAUUAUCAUCCUUCCGAAGAAGAAGAUGAUGAUGAGAAUAGUUUGGAUUUAGUGGAUGAAAGUGAAAGUGAUCCGGAUAUGUUUUAUGCGUAUAUAAUAAUAGUUCAAAUGUCAGAAACAUCACGUCCACUUUUGGUUGGCCCCGAGAAUCCUGCCUUUCCUUACCCAAUAAAAAUGAAAGGCGAGGUGAUUCAGGGAUUUGGACGAGGAAGCAAAGAGCUUGGGAUUCCAACAGCCAACCUUUCGGAAGCAGCGAUCGAGGCUCUUUGCAAAGACUUAAACACCGGCAUUUAUUUUGGGUGGGCGCAGGUUGGCGAGGAUCACGCUGUUUAUCCAAUGGUUAUGAGUCUAGGAUGGAAUCCUUACUACAAAAAUGAGAAGAGAAGUGCGGAGGUUCAUGUCAUCCAUACAUUUCCUCAAGACUUUUAUGGUGCGGUGUUACGUGUAAUUAUAUUGGGUUAUAUACGUCCGGAACGUGAUUAUGCAUCGCUCGAUGCUCUCAUCCAAGACAUUAAUACUGACAUGCAAGUAGCACUCAAUUCUCUUGAUCGAGCUUCAUAUAAUGCUUAUAAAAAUGACACGUUCUUUUUAUAA